AUGGCCACCCCGUCGUCGCCGUCUUCUGCGGAAUACACCAGCUUCUUUCAAAGCCUUAUCCCCGAGGAGUCCAUUGGUGCCAAGAAAAUACAGAUUGAUGAAUUCACGAGGAAACACGCACAGAAUAACACUCGAGUUGUGUUAGUCACCUCAGGAGGUACUACUGUCCCACUUGAGAGCCGGACUGUUCGUUUCCUGGACAACUUUAGCAUUGGAACUAGAGGGGCUACUUCAGCUGAAUAUUUCUUGAAGCAAGGCUAUGCUGUGGUGUUCAUGCACCGGCACCGGUCCCUGCAGCCAUUUUGUCAGAGAGUUGAUAGAAAUAUACUGGAUGUACUGACUGUAACAGAGGGGCCAGAAACUGUUAUCACAGUCAGCCCGUCACACGUGAAGGACCUAGCACCUGUAGUGAAGGACUACCAUAAAUACCGGGACCAAGGGAUGUUACUCAUGGUUGAAUUCACAACGCUGACAGAUUACCUGCUCUUGUUGAGGGAGGCGGCUCAGUCGAUCAACAACUUAGGCUGUCAUGGGGCGAUCUACCUGGCGGCUGCUGUUUCUGAUUUUUACAUUCCACCGGAGCAAAUGCCAGAACACAAAAUCCAAUCUUCAGAGGGACCACGGCACCUGCACCUGGAGAUGACACCAAAGAUGCUGAAACCUUUGGUCAAGGAAUGGGCUCCAAAAGCAUUUGUUAUUUCUUUCAAGCUGGAGACUGACACCUCUCUACUGGUGGAUAAAGCCAAGAAGGCACUGGAUACCUACCACCAUCAGGUAGUUGUGGCCAACCUGUUGGAGACCCGGAAAACAGAAGUGGUCAUAGUAACCAGAAAUAGUGAAGAAACCUUGAAACUGAGUGAUUCUGAUGUUCUGUCAGGUCGGGAAAUUGAAUCUCCACUGGUGUCAAGGCUGGUUGAAUUCCACCAUCAGUGGAUAUCCCAGAAUCUAAAAUGA